GUUUACCGGUCUUACUUCCUGAGCACUGUCUGGCCUUCUAUAUCGAUCCACAACGAUACCUGGCAAGAUCAUACUUCCUGCUUUCCCUUCAAGAAAUGGCGGAUGACAAACGCCCUCCGACUGCGAUCGAGCAGGCCACCAUCCUCUCCUACAUCACAUUCAACUGGAUCCAGCCUAUGCUGCUCCGCGGGAGGAAGCAUACUCUAGUCGCAGAAGAGCUACCACGCCUCUCCGAAAAGGACAAGAUCCAACGCAUUUCAGACCUCAUGCUCUGCGAAUGGACUCGCGAGGUCGAAUCUAAGAGACUCAUACCAGAUAAAAAGCCAAGCCUAUACAGGGUCCUCUGGCGGUGCUUUGGGCUCUACGCCUGCGUACCCUUUAUUUCUGGCCUCCUCGAGAGCGUCUGCAAGGUCAGUGAGGCUGUGCUUCUCGGAUAUGUAAUUCGCUUUUUUGACACGCCUGAGAUGACGAUACGGGAGGGCAUGGGAUACGCGAUUGCGUUGUUUUUAGUGACGCUGUUUCAUGGCACGGUUCACCACCACAAUUUCUUCCACGUUCUACGGAUCGGAACCUGGACGCGACAGGGCCUUAUCGCGCUCAUGUACCGAAAGUGCCUCACCCUCUCAACCUCGAGCUCCAUCUCCACAGGCACCGUAAUCAAUCUCAUCUCAAAUGGUAUGUAUCGUCCGUUCGAAAACUGCGCUCCCUUCGGGCUCUACGUGAUCCUCGGGCCUUUGGAGAUGAUCGCCGUCAUGUACUUUCUCUGGAAAGAACUCAAUGUCGCCUGCUUAUCCGGCCUCCUCGCCCUCUCCUUGCUCAUGCCCAUCCAACUCUUCUUCUCCCGACACUUCGCCACCAUCCGCACUAGGACCGUCCAUGCCCGCGACGAACGCAUCCGAACCCUUUCGGAUGUCUUUUCGGGCAUCGAGCUCCUCAAACUCUGCGCUUGGGAGGUCCCCUUCCAAGAAAAGGUCAUGAUGCUCCGGUCGAUCGAAUUGAAAUAUAUUUGGAAGGCCAAUGCCAUGCGGGCAAUCAAUAUGUCAAUCUAUUUCUUCUUCCAACCGUUGGUUGCGCUGUUCGCCUUUGUGACCUAUUGGCUGCAGGGAAAAUCGUUGACCCCGGAUAAGGUGUUUGUGUCCUUGACAUUGUUCAAUAUCUUGAGGAUUAGUAUGACCUCGUACUUUCCGAAGGCACUCGAGUCCAUGGCCGAGGUCAGAGUGUCGGUCAAACGGAUUACGGAUUUUCUGAUGCUACCGGAGCUGAGAGCGAUCGAGAAUGGCUCCCAGAACAAGACUUGGGCGCAGAAUCUUAAGGAGAACGAAAAGAGUAUGCAGGACGAAUUUUCGGAUGUGCUGGUCGAGAUGAAGGACGCUUCAUUCUCCUGGGCUAUUGUGGCGGACGAGGGGGACAAGAUCUUGGAACUCAACAUCACUAUGUCUCUUCGUCGCGAUGAACUGCUGGCGAUCGUAGGACCUGUCGGAUGCGGCAAGUCGAGUUUAUGUAUGGCCCUGCUCCAGGAGAUGACCCUGGUCUCUGGCUCCAUGGACCUGGUCCAUAGCCGACACCCGAUCACCAUGUCCUAUUCUGCCCAGUCGCCCUGGAUCUUUGCAGGAACGAUCAAGAGCAACAUUUUAUUCGGUUCUCAGUUCAACCAGGAGCGCUAUAGCAAGGUCAUCAAGGCAUGCGAGCUCACCCGCGACCUGUCCCUGCUCCCGCAAGGAGAUGAGACUAUCAUCGGCGAGAAGGGCGUGACCCUCAGUGGUGGUCAGCGUGCCCGUGUUUCUCUCGCGAGAGCAGCGUACAGGGAGUCGGACAUUUAUAUCCUGGACGAUCCACUUUCGGCUGUCGAUCCCAAGGUCGGACGUGCGCUUUUCGACAACUGCAUCAAUGGGCUGCUGAAAGCCAAGGCACGAGUACUGGUGACACAUCAGUUGCAGUACAUCAAGGAUUGCGAGAACGUUAUUGUACUUGAGCGCGGUCGUAUCACGCAUAUGGGACACGUAGACGGGGUUAUGAAGGAGGAGACUGAACUCAAGCAGGAGGUUCAGGAUGGCGAUUCUGUAAAGAGUACCAGGAGUUGCGCUCGAUUUGUGGAUGUGCUGCGCGAAUUUGCAACGAAGGCGCCCAGAGCUUCCGAAGAGGACGGGCGUCUGUCCAACGAUGCUGAGAUCAUAACCCAGAACAAGGCACUCGAUGCAGAAAGAAUCUGGGGAAAUGAAGAUGGAGAUAGGGUUAAGAAAGAUGACGACGAUGGGGUGAGCAUCAUGGAAAAGAGCUUGACGACCGAGGAAGUGGCAGAGGGCGAGACCUCGCUCGAGGUCUAUAUCGACUUCUUCCGGAUCGGUUCUCCCUGGUCGAAACUCAUCCUGACGGCCAUUUGUCUAACAACAGCUCAAGGGAUCAUGGUCGGUGGCGACUUUUUACUCUCCAAAUGGUCAGGCCAGGGAGUGGCGGAACAAACACAUCCAUAUUAUCCAACGGCGUUCGGACUGUACUGCCUUGGAACUGUGAUCAUGACGAUCGCGCGAUCGUACCUCUUCUUUGACUGUGUAACCUCGAGCUCGCGCAACAUGUUUCGGGCGAUGCUCGAUGCAUUGAUGCAUACUAGUAUUACCUUCUUCCACGCGAAUCCUCAUGGACGGAUUCUGAACCGGUUCUCGAAGGAUAUGGCGAACUGUGACGAGUUACUGCCGUAUGUGUUCUUUGACACGAUACAGAUCGGAUUCAUGUUGCUUGGGUCUGUGGUGACGGUCUGUGUAGUGAAUCCGUGGAUCGUCAUCGCGAUUCCGUUUAUCUUGACAGGGUUUGUCGCGUUGCGGGUGCUGUAUAUCAGGUCGAGUAGGCAGGUCAAGCGGAUUGAUAGUCAGUCGCGGUCGCCGAUAUACUCACAUCUGUCCGAGACCUUGGAUGGACUGAGUUCCGUGAGGGCGUUUGGGGUUAGUGGAAUGUUUAUGGACAAGCAUAUCAGGACGCAGGAAGAUAAUGGACGCGCGUUCUUCACAUAUCUUGCCAUGGCGCGUUGGCUCGGCUAUCGGUUGGAUGCAGUGUCAGCGCUGUUCCUGGGCAUUACUGCGAUCGCCUGCGUUGCCGCUCGCGAUUCCCAAGAAGCCGCCCGUGUGGGUCUUGCCAUGUCCUCUGUCAUUAGCAUCUCUGGUGAGCUUCAGUGGGCCAUCCGUAUGAGCGUUGAGGCUGCGAUCCUAAUGGUCUCCGUCGAACGUAUGAUGGAAUACUCCCAUAUCGACCCCGAGCCUUCUCCGCGCCAUAUCCAUAAUCCUGAUGGAUCCUCAGCUGUCCCGAACGGAUGGCCACAGGAAGCCAAGGUCACCUUCACGGACAUGUCCUUGACCUACCCUCGCGGUGAAGGCCCGGUGUUGAAGAACAUCUCGCUGGAUUUCAAGGCUGGCGAGAAGAUCGGGAUCGUGGGUCGCACAGGAGCCGGCAAGUCCAGCUUGAUCGGGGCACUCUUCCGACUCGUCGAUACCACCACGGGCAAUCCGCCUCAUCAUGGAGGCAUCUCCAUUGACGGGGUCGAUAUCUUCAAGAUCGGGAUGCACGACUUGCGCGAGAAGAUGGCGAUUAUCCCACAGGAACCCUUCCUCUUCCGCGGCACACUGCGAUUCAACCUCGACCCAACAUCUCAGCAUCAGGAUGCGGACAUCUGGGCGGCACUGGAGGCCGCGGAGUUGAAGCGUCUCGUCGAGGGUCUUGAGGGAGGACUGGAUGCGACUGUGGACGACAAUGGAAAGAACUUUAGUAUCGGCGAGCAGCAGUUGUUGUCGUUGGCGCGUGCGGUGUUGAGACGGGCCAAGAUCAUUGUCAUGGACGAGGCCACUGCGAACGUGGACCUGCAGUCUGACCGGAUGAUCCAAAAGGCGAUCCACUCGCAGUUCAAGGGCACAACCGUGUUCACGAUCGCACAUCGAUUAAAUACGGUCAUUGGCGACUACGAUCGUAUCUUGGUGCUGGACCAAGGAAAGGUGGUGGAGUUUGGAAAGCCGUGGGAGCUGCUGAGGGAAGAUGAGGAUUGUAAGGGUAGUGGGUGGUUCAAGGCGAUGGUCGCAGGGACCGGACCGGAGAACGAGGCGAAGUUGAGACAAGUUGCGGAGGAGCAAUGGCUGAGUCACCGCAGUGGCUGUAUCUGA